AUGGCGGGCUCGCUAGCUGCAGAGAUGGCGUCUCUUAACAUCGCCAGCGCCAAUGCCGCGGCCCGCUUGGGGUCGUGCCAGUCUUUCCGCGGCGCGAGAGUGCAGGGGGUGCAGAAUGGGUGCAAGGUGGCCAUGACCGCUACUGUAGCUCGCCCGUCCGCGUCGACCGAUGCGAAGAAGCACAAGAUGGUAACCAAUCAGAGGGCGCACACCAUCAGCCCCGAGAAACUUGAGCUCGUACAGUCGCUCGAGGGCUGGGCUGAGGAGACGCUCCUUCCGCUGCUCAAGCCCGUCGAGUCCGCGUGGCAGCCGUCUGACUUCCUCCCGUCACCUGAAAAAGAGAGCUUCCUCGACGAAGUAAAGGAGCUGCGCGAACGGGCGAAGGAGUUACCCGACGAGUAUUUCGUCUCGCUCGUUGGCGACAUGAUCACGGAGGAGGCGUUACCGACAUACCAGACGAUGCUCAACACGCUGGACGGCACGCGCGACGAGACGGGCGCGAGCCCGACCCCGUGGGGCAUAUGGACUCGGCAGUGGACGGCGGAGGAGAAUCGCCAUGGCGAUCUGCUCAACCGCUACCUCUACCUCACGGGCCGCGUCAACAUGCGCGCCGUGGAGACGACCAUCCAGUACCUCAUUGGAUCCGGCAUGGACCCCAAGACGGAGAACAACCCGUACCUGGGCUUCCUCUACACGUCGUUUCAGGAGCGCGCGACGGCCAUCUCGCACGGCAACACGGCGCGGCAUGCGGUGUUCAAGGGGGAGAAGAAUCUGGGGCGCAUCUGCGGGCUGAUCGCGGCGGACGAGAAGCGGCACGAGCGCGCGUACCAGGCGAUCGUGGGCAAGCUGUAUGAGCUCGACCCCAACGGCGCCAUGCUCGCUUUCGAAGACAUGAUGAAGAAACAGAUCGUGAUGCCCGCCCACCUGAUGUACGACGGGGAGAAUGAGAAGCUGUUUGAUGCGUUCACCAUGGUGGCACAGCGCACGGGCGUGUACACGGCCAAUGACUAUGUCAGCAUCAUCGAGCACCUCAUUGCCAGAUGGAACGUUGAGAAGAUCGAGGGGCUCGACGCUGACGGCCGCAGGGCGCAGGAGUAUGUGUGCAAGCUGCCGCCGCGCAUCCGCAAGCUGGCCGAGCGAUCAGCGGAUAAGCUCAAGAAGGCGGGUCCGAAAACGGGCAAGUUUAGCUGGGUGUUCAACCGGGAGGUUGUGCUUGUCAUAUGGCUGUCAUGCGCUUGGGGAGAGAUGCUUCCCCACUGGUGCACCAACGGCAGAAGUGGUGGCGGAAGUGGCGCCUUCAGACGCGCCUCCACCUCCCCCAUGCCAGGCUGCAGUGCGUCUUCUCGAGCCUCGCCCGCAUCAGACGAUGAAGAUACCCUUGAUGGGUUUGAUUCCCUUGACAGCAGUUACUGGAUGCCCUUCUCCUUCCCUCACACUCUCCCUGGCUCCCGCACUCACCCCAUCCUCUUCAUUGCAUCCAACCCUCUCUUUCCUGCUCCCAGUAAGCCACCAUUCCUACCCCACAGCUUCCUCCUCCCGUCCCCUCACUUCCUCCAUAAACACUCACUCCUCAUCCGUCGAUCUGCCUUGUCCCCAACGUCCUUCGCCUCAUCAUCCUCAGUGUCCUCAUUAUCCUCACCCACAGCCAGCCUCACCCUGCCUCAGGCACCCACCCUUUCGUCGCCCAGCAAUCUUGUACGCUUCCACUCACACCACUCACAUCACAAGCUCGUGGAGGCGUCACAGCCACAGAAUGUUUCAGAAGGCGGACGUGCGGGGGAGUGGGUUGGACGAUUGGAGGAAGGGAAAGUAGUAGGGGAUGCAAGUAGGGCAGAAGCAGCGGCUGAUGCGACACUGGCCCUGCAGCAGAGGGCGGGGGGAUGGGAGCCGGGGCCUGGUCUUGAACUGGCCCUUGCACAACCAGUGGGGCAGAUGGGGGAGAGAGUUGGUCACGGUCUUGACCAUAGUGGUGAUGACAAUCACAGUGACUUUAGCAGCGGUGACUGGGAGCGUGAUGAAGAGACAGGGCAGGAAAUCAGCAUUUGUGGCAGAGGGAGUGUGAGCAGGGAGGAAUUGGAGCUUAUGGAGCGCGUGUGGUCAUUCAUCCGCCACCAUCCUCCCUCUCUCCCUCUCAUGCCUCGCCUGCUCUCCUGGCGCCCCCCACCGGACCGCUUCCCUUCCACAACCCCCUCCCAUCCCACCAAUCCCACCAUUGCUGCGCAAGCGAGCCAUGGCAUCGCACGUCUCAGCAGCAGCAGUAGCAGUAACGGUACUAGUGGUGCAGUGUUGGAUCGGCGACUCGUGAUGCUGCUGGUGCGGCGGCUGAAGGAGAGGCAGCGGCACCACCAAGCUCUCGAGCUGCUGCAAUGGCACAUGGCCCGCCCCCCUUCGCACUGCUCGCCUCACAGUCUGCGUCAGCAUGAGGAAGGGAGCGAGUCAAGCCCGAUGGGUGUGGAGAGGGAGGACUCGGAGUGGGAGGAGUGUGAGCUGAUGGACGGCCUGGCUCGCUGUGGCCGAUGGAGAGACGCCAGAGACGCCUUCCUUGCUCUGCCACGCCACGCCCGCUCUGACAAGGCGUACAGUGGAGUGUUGUACCACCUGGCGCGCACGGGCCAGCACAGCAGAGUGCAGGAGGAGCUGCAGUGGCUGCAUGAGACAGCAGGGGCGGCGCUGGGUGUGAGCUCCUUCAACGCGCGCCUGCUCGCCCUCUCCUCCCUGCCGUCGCGUCUAGCGUCGUCUGAUUCAGUGACACAGAGGAUGGAUGAUGUGAUGGAAGAGAUGAGGGUGAAGGGCAUCACCCCGUCCCUCUUCUCUUUCCACAUUCUGCUGCGCCACUGCCUGCACCACCCUCCUCACGCACCCACGUCCUCUCCUGACCGCCUCGACGCCCUCCUGCACGCCAUGCAUCACCACCACCGCCUGCUGCCCUCCGCCCAAACCCACUCCAUCCUGCUCCGAGUGUUCCUUCACACUGGGCAGCUGGCUCGGGCAGAAAAAUCUUUCCACGCCAUGCUGGGGGAUGGCUUGGCACCGUCUUCCACUGCUUGCGCUGCGUUGUGGAUGGCGAUGGGGCGGGCAGGGAAGGGGGGCCGUGGGGGGGAGGUGGAGGGGAUGUGGAGGAGGGUGGGUGGGAUGGGGGUGAGGGUGACUCGACCCAUGCAUGUGGCGCGCAUAGCAGCGCAUGUGGCAGCUGGGGACAUAGCCAUGGCAGAAGAGGCGUUCUCCUCUCUGCGUGCCUCCAUUCGUCGCCUGGACCUGGAUGCCUGUAACGCGCUUCUCAAGGGGUACACGCGAGCAAACAUGCCAGAUGCUGCGCUGCGAUUGGUCGAUGACAUGCGCAGGGCAAACGUUCCUUGCGGCACGGCCACUCUCUCCCUUCUCCUCUCUUGCCUCUCUCUCUCCCAACGCCUCUCCCAUGCCACCGCCCUCCUCAAUCAACUGGUCACCCCUGUUGACACCCAUGUAACCCUUGAUCCUCCUGCCACCACCAAGCCAUGGAGCUCUCCUUUUAAUCCCGAAUCCCUGGUUGGGUCCGUGCGUCAGCGCAUGCCUCCUCCUGCAACUCCUUGCCACGCUCUUCCCUCGGACUCUCCUCGCCACCACGGCUCACACCCCUCUACCCUCCCAGCCGCCAUCAAGCGGCGCACGCUGCGGGGGUUGAUGGAGGCACUCAAGGCAGAGGGGCACGUGGAGGGCGUGAGGCAGGCGAUUCAGGCAGGCGAGGCCAUGUGGGGCCGCUGUGAAGUGGCCUG